AUGAAAUCCUGCAACGUGGUCAUUAAAGGAGACUUCGAGACGGUCAAGAUCUGCGACGUGGGCGUGUCCCUGUUUCUGGAUGAGAACAUGAAAGUUUCAGACCCGAAGGCGGAGUACAUCGGCACCGAGCCCUGGAACCCCAAGGAGGUGAUGGAGGGAGGACCGGUCUCUGACAAGGCCGACGUCUUUGCAUUUGGACUGACGCUCUGGGAGAUGAUGACCCUGUCCAUGCCACAUCUGGACGCUCUCGACGAGGAAGAGGACGAGGAGGAUGAUGAAGGUGACGAGAGCUUUGACGAGGACGCGUAUUACGAGCGGCUCGGGACUCGGCCUGCGCUGGACGCAGAGGCUCUGGGCGCCCCCUACAGGAGGAUGGUGGAACUGUUCUACGUCUGCACAGAGGAAGACCCCCAGAAGCGGCCCUCGGCCUCUCAGAUCGUCCAGGCUUUAGAAGGAAACAGCGCCCCCCAGAGCCACGAGGUCAUCGUCAUCGACUGA